CUUUUCCGCAAGCAUGACUGUGAACAGGUUCACCCGCAGCCUGCGGGCUGGGGAGCUCAAUGCAUUCUACGACCACGCAGCGCAGCUGCGCCUGCACCUUCUCGACAAGUUCAAGAUCAAGGAUCGCACCUACCGCUUCAAGACAUUUUCCCGAUGCUUCAAGGGAGAUGCACUGGUCACCCAUCUUGUUGAGACAGGGGAUUGUAAGUCUCGAUCGGAAGCCGUGAUGGUUGGCUGCUCCCUCCUGAUGUUCGGCGUCAUUCACCACGUCGUCGAUGAUCACCAGUUUGCCGACAAGCCCCUGUUCUAUCGCUUUCGCCAAGACGAUGGCACCUUCAAAGCGGACACACGGUCAUACCAGCUCAACUGUCGUCUGGCCGUGCAUAUCCACGCAGCCAUGCACGCCUCGGGCAUCAUGAUCAAGGACAGGGAGUUUGGCAUUCGCACCUUCUCACGCUGCUUUGUCACGAGGGAGUUUAUCCCCUGGCUCCUCUCCCAAGAGUUGGUCAAGGAUUACACGGAGGCCGUUGAUCUGGGGCGAAAGCUCACAGAGAACGGCUUCAUCCACCACGUAUGCGGGCUGUUCAUGGGCCACCUCAACCCCGCCCUCCGCCUCGUCGUCCCAAGGGUCAGGAACGCCCUCAGGAACAAGUCCAUGCAGGGAAAGUCCGGGUUCCACGUGUCGGAGUCUGAUGUGCUGCACCGCGUGCCGAUCAUGUUUGAGGAGGAGGAGCCCGCCGGCAUCGCCGCCUCACACACGCGCAACCAUCUCUACACCGAGACGCCAUCCCACCAGCCCCCAUCAUCGUCCCCAGCACAGCAGCAGCAGCAGCAGGGCGACGUUCGUGAGAAUGAGCUGUAUGAGAACAUGGACGAGGUGGUGGUUGCGGUGCAGGAUCGCAUGGACGCCAUGUCGCUGUCUGGAGAGUUCCAGCUCUCGUCCCAGACCGAUGAAGCCAUCUACGAAGUCCCCGCCUCCUCCUCCUCCUCCACCGCUUCAAAGACGACGAGCGAGCAGGAUGCGACCGUGGCUGCGCUGUCGGAGAUGUACAGCUCGCUGACGUCGUCCAUCGCGGCGGCGUCGUGGUACCACGGUCCGCUCGAUCGCGCAGCCGCUGUACAGCGACUUCUCUCCGCAGACAGCGGCGAUGGCACGUGGCUCGUCCGCGAAUCAACAAAGACCAAGCAAUAUGUGCUGUCGCUCGUUGCUGGCGGUGACGUCUACCACAUUGAGAUUGCCUGCUGGGGAUGGCCCAAGUCCCCAAUUGCAGACCACAAACCGGGGUUCACCUUCUCGCUGGAUAACAGCGCGCUGUUUCCGACCAUGGAUAAGCUGCUUGCAUGCUACAAGAUGGGCAAAGGCCUCCCUGCGCCCCUCAGAACACCAUGCCCGCGGCCAUGA